UAAUAAACAAAGCGUGUGUAUCGUUUACGAAUAAAAUAACAGUUUUUACUGAAUUAAAAUGUUAACUAAAGACUUUUACUCUACAAUAUUAUCACAAACUUUUAGUCCUUGUGGUAAUUAUUUGAUAGCAGGUGACACUUAUGGAAGAAUAUCAGUUUUUAAUUUAUCUAAAAUUGUUCAAACCGACGUCGUCCUCAACAAAGAAGAUCUAACACCGAGAAAUAAAAUAACCAUCAACGAGAACGGUCAAAUCAACAGUUUACUAAGCACCCCUUCGUUUCUACUAGUCGGAGUGUCCGACAUUUUAGGCUACAAUUGGAAAACCAUCAAAAGCACAACAGUCCAGAAACCCCAACCCGACUGGCGCAUCGAAAUACCCAACAGAAAAGACUCCUUCGAAAACGCCGACAUCAACGUUAUGAUCCACGACAAAGAGAAAAAUCACAUAUUCAUCGGUUGCGGCAACAACAACAUUUACGUGUUCGAUUUAGAAACCAGAAGACUACUCAAAACGUUGAACAAACACACCGAUUACCUGCACAGUUUAUGCAACAAUGGAACCGAUUUAAUAUCCGGCGGAGAAGAUGGAGUCGUGAAUUUAUGGGACAUUAGAACUUACAAACUAACAAAUAAAAUAGUACCUCAUUCGAACGAAGCUGUCGCCAGACCGGAGCUGGGUAAAUGGAUAGGCGGAGUCAGCGCUAACGAAGAUUAUAUAUUGUGCGGUGGAGGUCCGAAGCUCUCGUUGUGGCAUUACCGGUUUCUAACGAACUCUACGGUGUUUCCCAUCAACGAUAGGGGUAUACAUGUAGCGGAAAUCCAUAAGGAGAAGAUACUGGCUGGUGGAAAGUCGCGAUUAUUCUACCAAAUGUCGUUCGUUGGGGAAAUUGUGGCGGAAAUUGCAGUAUCUGCUGUAACUACUUACAGUAUAGCGCAUCAGGAGCAUCCGUUUAAUACGCUUUGCCUGGCCGGUUCGAGUCCCAAGAUAGACGUUUGUGCCAAUUUUAUGUACAAAAAUCAACAAUUAUCGUUGUAUUGAAUUAAUUAACUACUCGUUUUUUUUGUCUGUUAUCUAAAUAAGUACAAAAACUAGCCAUGCGUUUAUGUAUAAUUGAUUUAUUUUUUGAACUAGAAGGUAUAUAAGAGUUGUGUUUUAGUAUACAAAAUAAUUGUAAUAUUUUAGCUAGUCGAAUUUCGGUGCAUGCAAUUUUAAAUUAAUUAUAAUCAGUACUGGUAUACGAUCUCGUAAAUUCGAUAACGGUGACGCCAGCACUAGAAACUCGUAUGAUCUAAAAUAUUAAUGAAUGUCUGACGGGUAAAAAAUUGAUUUUUUUUUUGGCAUAAUUCAAUAUAUCCCUCGUGUGCUUUAAACGAACACGUUUUCUAUCGAAACAAUACCAAACAAUAGCUCGUCUAACUAAAUUUGUUGCUAAUUCUCACAAGCGAGUAGUUCUGUU